GUAGGAGAUACCUUUCUUCAGGUUUCCGGACGCACAAGUUACCCAAGCCUUCCCCGGGCAAAAGCAGCCCUCUGUGGCAGUACCUCCUGGAUCACUCCUUGCGGGAGCACCCACUUCUGAAGAAGCUGCGACUGCUCACUGCAGACCAUCCCAGGGGCGGAAUGAUGGUGUCCUGUGACCAGGCUCAGCUUAUGGCGAAUUUGGUCAAACUUAUCAAAGGCAAGAAAGUUAUUGAAAUAGGUGUUUUCACAGGAUAUAAUACUUUGAAUAUGGCCCUUGUCCUGCCGGAUAAUGGCACAGUUAUUGCCUGCGAUAUAAAUGAGGAUUAUGCCAAAAUUGGAAAGCCACUGUGGAAGGAGGCAGGUGUAGACCAUAAAAUUGACCUACGAAUUAAGCCAGCAGUUCAAACACUUGAUGAACUGCUGGCUAGUGGAGAAGGAGACACCUUUGACUUUGCCUUCAUUGAUGCUGAUAAGGAGAGCUGCAACGAGUACUAUGAAAAAUGCUUGCGCCUCGUAAGGAAAGGGGGAAUAAUAGCGAUUGAUAAUGUCCUUUGGGGUGGGAAGGUGCUAAACCCAAGCAAGGAUGACCUGGCAGCGCAGAGCAUUCACCACCUCAACGAGAAGCUUCUCAGGGAUGCGCGAGUCAGCAUCAGCAUGAUCCACAUGGGGGACGGAGUGGCCUUAGCGUUCAAGCUGUAACUGCAGGAAGCCCAGCAGAUGGAAAACAGCAAGCAGCACCAAUCAUCGGGAAAGAUAAGGGUGGAACACU